GGAGACUUCCAUUCGCUUCCGCCAAAGGUUGCACGCUUCAUUGCCGAAAAGGCUGAGCUGAUGAACCCUGCCGGUAUCUACAUCUGCGAUGGUAGCGAAAAAGAGUUCCAAGAUAUCAUUGACAAACUCGUCGAGAGAGGCGUACUCUCACCUCUCAAGGCCUAUGAGCGCAAGUGA